AUGAAACUCACUGCUCUUUUCUCAUCGCUUUUCCUUACCACGUUUGCUGCUGGCGAGGCAAUCCAUCUUGUAAACUGCAAUGGUGGCCCGCAACCGAUAUCGAUGGUUGCUUACUACGCAGACGACCAUAACCCUACCCAGCCCCCGUCUGACAACGUUUGCCUGAUGUCUUAUGGCCCCUACUUCUACUGGGAGACGGGGAUAUACGAAUACUGCAAGUUCCCGACUGGUGUCGAGUUCAAGUUCAAUAUUGAAGUCGUGGCUCAGGCCCCCGGAGUCGGUGACUACUCGGAUGUCGGGUGUGUAUUUGGUUCCGAGUAA